UGAAGUGUCAACCGCAAUGGCAUAUGUCAACGUAAACUGUCAAGUCAAUUCUCCAAUGUGAAGAAAAUAAAAAUGUUUAUUUAAGAGCAUUUGGCACUUUCCUUAAUAUUAAAUAUACUUGGAUAAAUAAAUACUUUUUAAGCAUAGACGAAAUGUCGUUAGUUAUACGCAAGUCGACUGUGGAAAUACUUUGUGCGGCGAAAUGGUUUACCAGAAGAGAUUGUCGACUAUUAUCAACAUUGCCAGAAAAAGUAGAAGUCGCUGAAGAUGAAAAAGAAAGAGUAGCAGGACGUAAGAAGCGUUCUUACAAUCCAAUACUAGAGAACAGAUUUAUUUAUCCUGAAUUUCUUCCUGAUCCAAAUCCUAACUGGAGAAAUAGCCUUCGUGAGAAAAUGGAAAGAGCAGAUAUGUUAAAGAGGAGAAGUCAGAUUGAUAUUCCAGAAUUCUAUGUAGGUUCUAUACUAGCAGUGACUAUAUCAGAUCCACAUGCUCAGGGUAAAACCAAUCGCUUUGUGGGCAUAUGUAUUGAACGGCAAGGCUGUGGCCUUAGAGCCGAGUUCACAUUGAGAAACGUUAUUGAUCAUCAAGGCAUUGAGGUUAGGUAUGAAUUGUACGACCCGACAAUACAAUCUAUACAAGUACUUAGAUUGGAGAAGAGACUUGAUGAUAAAUUGUUAUACUUGAGAGAUGCUUUGCCUGAAUAUUGCACAUUUCCAUUGGAUAUGGACCCCGAGAUCCUUCCUGAAGGAACACCUGUGCCAAUUAAUCCAGUACAGGUAAAAUUAAAACCAAGACCUUGGCUGGAGCGUUGGGAAAGACAGGAAUUGAAAGGUGUCUCAAACAUUGAAGAACACUUGAAAGAAAAGGAUAGAGUUAGAAGAGAACUAAGAAAGACACCUUGGGAAAAAUACGAUUUGAUGAAAGACUAUAGGAAAACAAUUCCGGCUGAAGAACAAUCGGAGAUAUGGAGUGAGGUUUACAAUCAAUUGCAACAAAUGCGAGUCUCCCGUAAAAAGAUGUCUAGAAAACGUAUGAUCACAACUCCAAAGACUCAACUUGCAUAAAAUGCAUAAACCUUAUUAUAGUUGUAUUGUUAUGAAUAUAAAGUUAGUACAAACAUAGUAAAA